UGUAAUAAAUAAAAGGUUAAAAAGGGGUAGCUUGCGCUCUACUUUUCUUUUCCUUCCGUAAAGUGAAACCCUACCGACUUUUUCGCGGCUCACCAAAAGAAAAUAAAUUAAAAAAACCUUCGGAAUCUUCCAGACACAUCCACCAUUGCUCUCUGAUUUUUUUUACUGUGAAAAGAUGAGUUUAUCCGAAGAAGAAAUCAGAAUGCUUUUCAGAGUCAACAAAACACUUAGCCAAAUGCUCAAAGAUCGUGGCUACAUUGUCACUGAUUCUGAACUUGAGAUGACUCAAGAACAGUUUAUAGAAAAAUACGGCGUGAACAUGGAAAGAAAAGAUCUUGAUACUAUUAAGACUAAAAAGAAUAAUGAAACUGACAAGAUCUUUGUCUUUUUUCUACAAGAAACAAAAAUGUGCCAUAUCAAGCCUUGCUUUGAGCGCAUGGUAUCUCAUAAUGUCUUCAAAGCAAUUAUUGUCGUGAGGAAGGAUAUGAACCGCUUCGCUGCAUCUGCUGUAACCGACGCAAACUCAAAACAAAAACUUUACUUGGAAAGUUUUAAGGAGACAGAGCUUCUGAUGAAUGUAAAAGAACACGCUUUUGUUCCGGAGCAUAUAGCUCUGACAACUGAGGAGAAGGAAGCUUUGUUGGAGAAAUACACUGUGAAAGAGAAUCAGCUUCCACGUAUUCAGUAUACGGAUCCUAUCGCUAAAUACUAUGGGCUAAAACGUGGAGAAGUUGUGAAGAUCAUACGCAAGAGUGAAACAUCCGGUCGUUAUGUCACGUACCGAUAUGUUAUAUGAUACUUAGAGCUUCUGAUAGGAUUUAGUGCUUUUUUUCUUUCAGUUUUGGUUAGGAAGAGUAAGAAAAUUUAUCAGUUUUAUCUCAUCAAUAUAUAGAUA